AAACAUAUUAAAAAUACAUUUUAAUAGAUAAAAUAUUUUAUUAGAUUUAAGUGCAGCUAUAUUUUUCCAGAGGAGUAGCUACUGUAUUUGUAAAUGAAAAACCUAAAGUUUUGAACACUUUAUUACUGUCUCUCACAGCCAAUAUACAUAAAUUAUAGUGUAAAGAGCCUUAGGAUUUAAUGCUAUUUAUGAUAUUUUUAUUAGUUAGAAAAACUGUAUAUAGAGUGAUGUUUGUAUAUUGGAGGCAGGAUAUAUUCCUAAAAUAGAAGAAUGGGAAAAUGAGUUUCAUGGUGUUGAUGUUUCUGCUAAAUUGACUAGUUAGUUUUGUCUUCUUUAAUGUGUGUGGUAUUAUCUUACUGAGAACUGGAGACAUUUUAUUGAAUACUAGGAAAAACACAGGUCGUGCCUCUAAUACUGGUGAUACAUUUGAUAUGUUUAAUCUUGUACUUUUAAAGUAUAUAUUUUAAGACGUAUAAUCAUUUUUAAAAGUUAAAUUCCCCCCCCCCCGUUUAUUCUGUUAUAAAAGUCGCACACAACAGGGAAAGCUUAUUCUGCUACAUUUCUACCAGCUAAAUAAAUGCAUUUCAAAUUUUUGCCUGUGGGGACAUUGCUUAAAAACACAGCAUGGUUAUUUUGUCUUAAUACAUAGGUUCAAAUCAUUACUUUGCUGGUCUAUGUUGUUCACUAGUUUCUCUUCUGAUUUUCUCCAGGUUAUAAAGCCAUGUGGGAUACUGUGGAGCUGUUGGGUGGUGAUGAUACAGGGAGUGGUGCCCUGUAUCAAAGAAACACCCUUGUUAAAAUCACCUCGUCCGAAAAGGUUUUGUCUAACCCAAAGUUAUAUGGCUGUUCCUCCAGUGAUGGAUGUGUGUUGGUGGCUGACAGAACAGUGGUGGUGCUUGAUAAUAUUUGCCAGUCUCUUAAGAUGUUUCUUCAGUUUGAGACUGAGGUGGAAGUUGUUGGAUUGUGUCAAGAAGCACAGUUUCUUGUGAUUGGGGAGAGAAGUGGAAACCUACAUCUGAUUCAUGUAUCAACAAAGCAAACCUUGUUAACUAAUAUGUUGGUUCAAAGAUCUUCAGAUGACAGGACUUAUCUGAAUCUUAUUCUAGAAAAAGAUAAUGAAGAUACAGGAACCUACCAUGCAUUUAUUCUCACAAACAGUGGCUUCUUCUACAUUACGCACCUCCCAUUUGCCAAAACUCAGGAAGCAAUUGACAAGCUGGACUUCAAUUCUGCAAAGAAGUUACAAGGGCAGGUGGAAACAUGUUUUAUUUCUACAAAAUACUAUCACACCAUUGGCCUCCUGACUUCCACAACUAAGCACACAACUAACAAGAUCACUUUGAUAAUAGGGGGUACAGGUGACUGUGUGAUGUCUGUGUGGGAGGUGAAUCCUAACAAAAGGCAGAUAAGCAUUCAAAGUGUUGCUGAUUCAAGUUUGAUUGAAGCUGCAAAAAUGCUUCAGGUUGUAGAUGAAUUAUUGUUUGUCUUGGAUAAUGAGAAUGGUUUGUCUUUGUGGAAUAUUUGCACUCUUACCAUGAUUUGGAGCUGUUGUUCUGUUCACAUUGAAGAAUUUCUUCUGAUUUCAGAAUCGGAUUUUUCAGCAGCUGCAGGACAGGGGAUUGCCAGUCUUAAGCUAGUUGCUUUGACAAACCCUGAUGAUGGCAAACAGAUGAGGAACAUCGUGGUGUUUUCACUGCCUACUAUGCACCAGCUCUAUUCUUUGGAAACUACUAAUGUUUCUUCAUUGAUUCAGAGUGGAAUAAAUACGGAUACAAUUUACUUUUUGGAAGGAAUGUAUGAAAAUAACCAAAGGGCAUCAGACCAUCCAGUCUCACUUCUGGUAUUGAGAUGCUUAGCUGAAGCCUUGCCUGAGAACAGACUGAGCCGUUUACUUCACAAGCACAAAUUUACUGAAGCUGAGAAUUUUGCUGUUCAGUUUGGACUGGAUGUUGAGAACGUUUACAAAGUGAAAAUGAGCUCUAUUUUGGAGAGAUUGGCUUCAGAGUCUGUUGCCGGAGAUUGCCAGUCAGCCUGGCUAGAACUUGUGGCUCAAGCUAAAGAAACGCUGGAUAAAAUAAAGGAUAACCAGUUUGUGACUGAGUACUGCAUAAAUACACCAUGGCCAAUAUAUGAAAGUGCUCGGGAAAUGCUGAACUAUGCUAGAAGCAGGAUCCUGAAGAGAGGUGACAAAACUGUUGCUCCUUUCUUGACUGGGGACCCAGCAUCUCUUACAGAGGUGAUGAAGGCACAAGCAAAGCUAACUACAUUUUGUGGAGCAUUUGGAUCAGAGAUGUUCAGUGGAACUGCUUGGUUUGAAUUUCUGAACAGUGAGGACCUCUUCAGGGACAUCCUUUUACAGAUAAAAGGAGGAAAUCUCAUGUCUGCCCAGUACCUCUGGCUAAGGCAUCAGGAAGACUUCGAAGGUGACUUUAAUGUGAAAAUGCUGGACAAGUUGCUUAAUACAAUCCCUACAACAGUUUCCCUCAAAGAACUAUGCCUGUGGUUUAAGGAUGUUAUCAUUCCUUUUGUAAGGCGUGUUGUACCCAAAGGACAGGAAAAAAUAGCAAAGUGGCUGGAACAAAGAACACGAAACCUUGAGUUAAUUGACAAGGCUAACUGGCCAGAAAAUGGACUUGAAAUGGCACAGGUGUUUUUUAUCAGCAAAGAUCCAGGUGAAAUUGGAUCUGCAUCUUCCUGGCAUGGAGUUUCUUUGGACCAUGAUGGUGAGGAGGUACGUGGUUUAGCAGAAUUAGUCAGUGCUCUGCAGGGCUUGGUGGACCUCUAUAAGAAAUACAACUGCAGGCUGGCCCUCUGCGACUUUGAAAAGGAAAAUGCAAAUAGGACUGUGUUUCGUAUGCUUGAUAAAGUACUUGCAGCAGAACUCAUUCCAGCUACCUUAGAGAAGUAUAUUGAACCAUACAUGCAUCAUCAUAAUCUGGAGAAAGAUGAAAUUCUAUUGCAGUACAUAAAGGACUUCCUGGAGCGGUAUUGUAAACAGUCGACCUCUGUCUUUGACACUACGUGGGAAGCAAAGGCCAUCGCUGUCUUGAGCUGCAUGUCCAACAUAGAUUUGAUCUUUGAAGGCGUGCUAGCAGUAACAUACAGUGCUGUGGUUCCUUGGAAUCCAGGAGUGGAACAGCUGGUUCAACAGUACCUGGACAUGGACCAUGACAAGGUGAAGCUUCUGCAAGAAGGUUAUAGGCUGAUGGAAAUGAAGAAACUUUUGCGGAGCUAUGGUAUAAGAGACACCAAUCUUUUAAAUGAUAAACAAGUGAUGAUGAUGCUGGUAAAGUACAUUCUACAACAAGGCUCAAAUACUUCUUUAGAAGAUGCUUUGAAAAUAGUAAAUGCAUAUAUGUUGCCCACUGCAGAUGUCUAUGUCUGGAGGAUUGUGGAACUUAUUGAUAAAGAAAAGGGGGAUGAUAUUAUAAGUUUAUUAAAAACACUGCCUCCUGCUGAAGCUGUGGAAAUUGCAGAUAAAAUGUUGAUAUGGGGAAGACUGACAUUAGAGAAAGAAACAGAUGACUCUGAAGAAAAGAAAAUGCAGCUGUAUAUUAAAAAAAUUCUUGGGGAGAUCCUUGAAUUCCUACUUGGUUGUUGUCAGAAAGAAAAUAUUUUGAAAAAAGAGGAAUAUGAAACAAACUUUAAAUUGUUUAAAACUCUUGCAGCCUUACAGGAGAAUUUUAAUACCUGUACUUUGGUCGGAGGUCAUUGGAAUCAAUUGUUAGUAUCUCAGCUCCUUGAGAAAACUGAAGGAAAAGCAUCCAGUUUACAAGAUAUCAGCAUGAAGAAACAGUUGUCCCAUGUGAAGCUUGACAAACUGGCUUUGCUUCUGCAGAGGAGCAAGCAUGAGAUGGCCUUAGAACUGGUUCUGAGAGCAUUAGAUGCUGGAAAAGUUGAAGAGGCACUAAAUAUAUGCAGAGAUUUUCAUGAAGAUCAUCCUAAUGAACAAACAGGACAGUUGCUGUUCUUAGCAUGUCAAAAACUUUGUCAUAUGCUGGGUUCUAGUACUCUGAUGGUUAUGCCAAAAGGAUUAAAUCUUCCAGCUGUGGUCAAUGAAAUGGCAUGUCAAGCAGUUACUAUUUGCAGUCCAGAUCUGAUCUUAGAUGCAUUGGAGCUUUGCAAAUACACCUCAUUUGCCCUUGAAAUUUUUGGAAAGUGCCAAAUUGAGGACUAUGGAUUUAUAUCAAAAGUGACAACCUAUUUUGGAGCUGAUAAAGACUCUUAUGUAGAGUGGAUGUUCAAUGACUUUUUCACUGAAGAUGGAGCACUUCUGGACCUGCCCUCUGUGCUUCCUUCUGCGUAUGAAAUUGCUACAUCUCUAGUGACCCAAGCAGACUGGAAGAUGUAUCCUCUGGACUCAAACAGUUUGGCAUAUUGUCCAUUCAAACAAGGAAUGGAUGUUUGCCUAUCAUGCGGGAAUCCCAUCUUUGUUCUGCUCAGCAGCUUACAAGAAUUUGGCCAAUUAGAGUUGGCUUUGGGGCUAAUUGCCUCUGCUUUUGGGUCGUUCUUGCAGCAUAUGACAUCAAACAGCGUGGAAAUUAGUCUGUGUGAAAAGCUGUAUGACCGGAAGACACUGGAUGAUGCCAGAACAUUCUUCUUAACACUGAUUCAAAGAUCUACUUCACUAAUUAAAAGCAUCAUUAUGGGCCUAUUGCACAAGGUUUUCAACAGCCACCUGAUAGACCACAACCUUGCACUGGGUUACUGCACUUUGUUGUCCAAAGAUGAUGUAUUUAAAAAGCUCUGGGACGUCAUAAAUAACACGUCACAGAAUUACAGCAAGAUUCUGGCAGUUGGUCUUGUUGGAGUGCAGCUAGCCAGUCACUAUGAUGAGACAAACGAGAAACAAGCAUUUGAAGAAUUAAUCACAGAUGCUGAAUGGGGUAUUCAGCUUGGUAAACUUGGUAUCUCUUUCCAGGAUUUAUUUAGAAUGCCCUCAGUAAGGAAGAAAGAGCUUCUAAGAACUUUGGUACAGCAUCCAAAUGUGGAUACAGAUCUCAUACUAAAAUACUGCAGCACUUUCCAGUUGGAUACUGAUUCAGCUUUGCAGCUUUGCAUUGAAACACACCUCCAGAAUGCUAGCAUGAGUCAUGCUGAAGGGUAUUUGGGGGGGCAUUCUGGGAAUCAGACUCAAGCAUUGGUAGUGGCCAGAGCUGCAGAAACAAUCCCUCUUCUGAAAAGCACUACUGACUUGGUUACAAGCCUCAGUGUAAUGUUGCACAAGCUUGAUCCAUAUGACUAUGAAAGGAUUGAAAGUCUUCUGACAAUCAUAGAAAAGGCUGGUGUGGAAGCAGCAGGCAUCUCUCUGAAUCAGGCCCUGAAGCUCAUAAAACUCCUGAAAUCCUAUAAAAGAACUUCCACUCCUGGAGAUCUGGAACAUCAGUAUGCCUUUGAACAGGCUAUUCCUUUAUCACCAGCUGCUCAAACCAGGCUGCCUUUCCACUUGAUCUUCUUUAGAACAUUGCAGUGUUUCUGGAAAAUCAUUUAUCCAGAGCUCAGUGAGGAAUCAUUCCCAAAAAUUCUCUUGAUCUCCAAACUUUUGAAGGUUUCACUGGAUACCCUCUACACAUCCGCAGCUAACCACCUGUUUCAAGAAAAACUGAAGCCGAAAAUGCUGGAACUGGCAAGAAGAGGAUAUUUGCUGACAUCUAACAAGGAAAUUGCCAAGACCAUGCAGACCAUUCAGUCUUACUUGUUGUCUAUAGCUAAUCCAGAAUGGGCUACAGCGCUCGCCUACAAGAUCUUGCAAGAACUUCCAGCAGGAUCCACCAAGGCCCAGACUUUGAAAUUCUGUUGCAGUUUAGCUGAAACGUGGCUGAAGAAUACAAAUGUGACGGAUGACUCUCGUGAAAAGGCCCGAGUGCAUCUGAAGAAGCUGCAGAUGCAACGCCAGAGAUCUGCUACUGAGGCUGUACUUGCAGAGCACAAGCUGCACUCUGAGAGCCAUCAGAAGCUCAUUGGAAAACCUGCAAAUCUGGUUGUUUUGCUUUAUCAGCACAGCAGCAUAUCCGAAAGAUUUCAGAAUCCAUCUGGCAGAAAUUACCCAGAUAUCCAUGCAAUGGCUAAAGAAAUAGCUGAAAUUAACAACUUGGAUAUGGAGAAAAUACGGAAUAUGCUAUUAGAAAAAUGGCUAUGUCCAAGUGUGCCACCAACAGAUGUUUUUGAAAAUAUCCAAGAUGAAGACUUUAAGAGAGUUCUCUAUCUCUUACAGCAUGGCCCAGUGGAUAACCACUUGAGAAUCCUUUAUGAAUGUACAGUAUCCACAACUUCACCUAUUGGAGUAAACAAGUUGACCUUUGCUCACAGAAGCCGGGCUCUCAAGUGUCUGCUCUGCCUGGCGGACCCUUGUGCUGUUGAGACCCUCUUCAAAAAGCCCCUAGAGGAAGUGAGGAAUUUCCUGAAAUGCUUAAUUUUCCUUGCUCAGUUUGAAAUUCUGAAUAUCCCAUACACCUACUCAACGUUUCAUAGCACUCCCAAGGAAGGAAUGAUCAAAGGCUUGUGGAAGAACCAUAGCCACGAACCCAUGGCAGUGAAACUUGUGGCAGAGCUUAGCUUGGAAUAUAAAGUGCAUGAUCCUUUACUCUGGAAUGGUUUGCUUCAGAAGCUAAUUACUUUCAACAAGGUUCAUUAUCUGAAGAAGGUUUUGACAGAGGUUACUGGGAUCUAUUCCUUAUGGCAGAUUCCAAACUUCAUCCUAGCUUGGCAGAAUGUCAUCCUGGUGCCGUGCCUUUCAGCUUCACAGCCACCAAGUGCUAAUCAGCUUGAAGCAUGCUGUGAGUCUUUCAGAACAUUAUUGAGGUGUCCUCUCGUGGCUGAUCUAGAUCUGACUGGGAUUGCAAAACAGUAUGCCCAAUUAGACCUGCCAGCUUUGGCCUUGGGGUGUCUGUUGCUGAUUCCACAACCUGAGAAAAGAGCUCAGCAGAUUCAGGGCUUCCUAUCCUUAUGUCAGCUUGGGACUGUGUUACUGCAAGUAGAGGAGCACAUGAACCAGGGUAUAGUAGCUGGCUUUGCCAUACAGGAGGGCCUAAUCCUACUCAUCUCCACAACUGUGCCAAAGGAUGUUCCCAAGCCUUUGCUUACACGUGGAAGGGAGAGGUCUUGUUCAUUUACAGACAGUACCAGUGAGCCACGUGUGCAUCCAGUGUAAACAAGACACUGUAGCUCCUUUGUCGCUUCCUGGGCAAAGCAAGGGAGCAGCAGGCACACAGUGGAGGAGGAGGAGGAAGCUGGUGGACAGCUUGAGCACUCUUUCUCCCGAGCCAGAUGAUUGGCGUGGAGAAGGCCAGGAGCGAAAAUAAGCAUCAGGGAGCAGAGAGUGUACGCAAUGCAGGAGGAGAGCAGGUGGAGAAGGAGCCAGCAAUGGCAGAGACAGCAGUGGGUGGAUCCACCGCCCCUCCAGAGGUCCAGAUCCGCUGCCCCGCCCCCUGGCAUGCUAUGCUUCAUGCAGUGGUUUGCCAUGUGCGACAUAUGCAACAAACGCUGCAUUGGAUUGUUGUCUAAAUGAAUACAUACCUCUUCCCGCACUCCCACUGCAAAAAAAAAAAAAAAAGCCUACAGGUAUUGUGAUUUUAGAAAACACUUGCCUCUCUUCUCUCAGUAUGCACUUUUUCUUUUUUGCAUAGUUCAAAAAUAUUGAUUUGUUUUCUGCUAAUGACUGCGUGUAUAUGUUUU